AUGACAUCUCUACUUCGCCAAAUCGUCGCUGGACCGCGCUUACAGCACCCCGAAGCUGGAUUAGAUUUGUGCUAUGUGACUGAUUUCCUUGUUGCAACAUCCGGCCCCUCAUCCAAAUACCCCAAACGCGCCUACCGCAACCCCACGGACGCCCUAGUCCGUUUCUUGGAUAGCAAGCAUGACGAAGACUGGGCAAUCUGGGAGUUCCGAGCUGAAGGGACCGGGUAUCCGGAUUCGGAGGUGUAUGGACGAAUUCACCAUUUCCCGUGGCCGGAUCAUAAUCCACCGCCGUUUGCGCUUAUACCUGCGAUUAUGGCGAGUAUGCGCAAUUGGUUGAAUGAAGAAAGUUUUGGGGAAGAGCGGAUCGAUAUAAAGAAGGAGAAGAGGGUGGCGGUUGUUCAUUGCAAAGCAGGAAAAGGAAGAAGUGGGACUGUUGCGUGUAGUUAUCUGAUCAGUCAAGAAGGGUGGAAGAUGGAGGAUGCUCUUCAACGGUUUACGGAGCGAAGAAUGCGGGUGGGCUUUGGUGAUGGUGUCAGUAUUCCUAGUCAAGUUCGAUGGGUGAGAUAUGUCAAUAGAUGGGCGAACGAUAUGGGCAAGGUUUACGUCGAACGGCCUGUCGAAAUUCUUGAGGUACACGUUUGGGGCUUGAGGGAUGGCGUCAAGAUAGCUCUCGAGGGUUAUGUUGAUGAGGGCAAGAAGAUUAAAUGUUUCCAUCUUUUCAGACGGAAAGAGCGUAUCGUCGUUGAUGACGGUAAGAGUACAUUGCCUCUAUCAUCUGACGACUUGAUUGCGAAAGAUAGAUUGGAGAAGAGGGAAAAAGAGAGAGUCGGCAAAUCUUCGCCUUCACCACCACCAUCCUCAUCAUCGAAUUCAUCAAUCAUCACCCAACAGCCACCCAUGACUUUUAAGCCGUCCACAUCAACAUCCAAAAACGUCGGCGACAAUAACAAUAGAAUAGCAGCGGCCAUCCUACGUCCUGACAAACCCGUCAUCUUACCCACGUCCGACGUCAACAUAGGCUUUGAGCGCCGCAUCAAAGCCGCCUACACCGGCUGGGCGGCCGUCACCUCAAUCGCGCACGUCUGGUUCAAUGCGUACUUUGAGGGGGGCAACAAACACGACUCUGGCAUCUUCGAAUGUGACUGGGAAGGUCUGGACGGAAUAAAGGGCAGCAGCAGUAAAGGAACCAAAGCCUUGGAGCGCGUGAAAGUUGUCUGGCGCUACGCAUCAAAGGAGCAGCUCGCCGCAGAAGGAAAAGAGCAGUCGGCAGAAAUCGCGAAAUUUCCAGAAGAGAAAGUCAUAACGUUACCGAAACCGGGUGAACCAGUCCAGGAAUCGCAUGCAGCGGAUUGGCAUGGUGGGAAUAUUAUGAGGGAGGAUGAAUCGGGUAUGGAUUUUGAAGAACAUAGGAGUGUUGUUAAUCCUACCAGUUCGGCUGUUAGGCAUGGAAAUGAGUCGCAUAAACCUGCUUCUGUUCAUGAGCCCAAACCUAAAGAGGAAGAGGAGGAAAAAGCAUUAAACGGCACAACACACCCCUUUAUCGCCCAUGCAUCGGCCUCAACAGCAGCAGCAGUGACUUCAGCUGUGAAACGAGUCCGGCGAGAGUUGGGGUUGCGGAAACAGACUGCUGCCAGCACUGAGGUGAGCUUGGCGAGUAGUAGUGCCGAGGACGUGUUCUCGCCGCCACAACAGCAUGGACAACACGAAGGGAAAGAGCAGGGCCAAGCACAAGAUGGGAAUGGGAAUGAGAGUGAUAUGGAAGGCAUCAAGUCGUAUUUGGAUCGGGACGCGAACACGAACACGAGCACGGCGAAGGAGGAUGCCUGA